AUGUUUGUCGAGUUGACCCACUCGUUCGCCUGCGGUUCGACAACGUUCCGCUUGCCCACGAUCGCGUGGUGGAUCUUCAGCUGCUUGUUGCUGCAGGAGGUGAUCUCCGUGGUUGGAGCGGGCCAUGAUCCACCACCGCCAUCGAAUCGACCAACGCAACUCGAGGACAUUGAGCGCGAUAAUUUAAACAGCGAGCGACAGGUGUUCAAGAAGGAGGCUAUCGCUCAGCAACAGCACCCACAGGGAGCAAGUUCGACGCAAAGCAACAACCACUACUCGCUGCAGAUCCAGCACCAUCCGGGCAGUACGGCGGCGGUUCAUAGCGCCGUUAAAUACGUGACUCCGCUUCCGGCACCGCAACAGCUUUCCUACACGAAAGAGCAAUCAGUGACUCCACACUACUUCAAUCAUCAACCGCAGCAUCAGCAACAACAACCGCAACAGUUUCUACAUUAUCAGCCUCAACUGCAACAACAACCCGUACCGCAAGUGCACGAAGAUCACUCAACCUAUACGGUUCCAUCACGGCAAUCACUUCUGCAGCCCGUGAUCGGUGGUGGUGCACCGUCCGCUCCUUAUCUAACUCCCCAGCCACAAUACGUGUACGUGCAGGCGAGACCAGCACAACUCCAGCAGCAAUAUGCUUCCGGUCAGAGUUCCAGUCUACCGCAAUCGCUGCUACACAUUCUGCCACAAAACUCCCAGGCUUAUAUCAUGAUACCGACCCAGUACUACCAGCAGCAGCCAUCACACCUUCCAUCAGCGGCCACGGCGGUAACGGCGGCCGGUGGCAACAACCCCUCCGAAGCGCCAUCGUCGGCACCACACUCCGCCCAGCAGCUGGCUGCAUACGUGAACGAUCCAGACAACCACAUCGAAACGUAUUCCCACGGUGAAACUGGAGCACAAUCACCGGCCGCAGCACCGGUCAACUCGAUUCCCUCGGGUCCAUCCGCACAGACCCAAUCUACCUCGCCGGCCCCGGACAUUAUCUAUGCUUCGUCCUCUUCGACGCCAGCACCACCACGUCACCAAUCACCUUCGUCCGAGUUUUCCAUCGUGAAGAGCAUCGAACAACCGAUCUACUACUCACAUGAUCUCCCACACCUACCACAUACCCCCGCUACGGUGUAUCCUUCCUUGAACCAUCCGAACAAUGGGAUUCUGAACUACUUCGGUGUACAGCAUCGCCCUCCGACCAGUUUGCUCGACUCGUACGUACCGAGUGCGCUGCAGCUCCACAAGAACCAACCGGUGUUCGUGCCGAAGAAUCGUCCAGCGCCGGUUUCUUUCUACCAACCAGGUUAUCCUUUCAUUGCUGGCCCCCACCAUCACCAGCAUCAGACAUAUCCGGUCAAUCCAUUGCACACGACCAUCCUUCAGCCAGCGGCCGGUCCCUUCGGUCAUCAGCAUCAAGUGCAAGCGCCACAGAUCGCCCAUGGACCGCUGGGUCCGGUAGCAACGGCUCCGGCUUACAAUACGAUCGCCUACUCAGUUCCACUAGCCUUCACCAAGACCUCCGCUCAGUACAAACGAUCACCGGCGUUGUUCAGUGUAGCCGGCUUCCUACCGAAGCUACCAGUGGCACUAGGAGCCACGACCAAGCUGCAGCCAUCGAAGCCUCUUCCAUGA